AUGUUUCGACUACAGGGCAUGCGAUUGAGGCUGCUAAACCGCUCACUCGCGGUGAUAGCGUCAAAGACAGAGAGGGCUUCAGCGAUUUACUCCUCUUCAGUGAUCGAUGGUCGUCAACUUCAAAGCACCCAUGGCGGUAAACUGACAUCGGGUGAUGCUACAGAACACACGCAAUCCCGGUUUUUAAGGCGGAAAGAUCGUCAAGUGAAGCGCGUCUAUCUUCCUGAAAUUAACGAUAAUAGCAAGCAGGAAGAUAUCGCAGAUGGGGUACCUGAUUGUUUCGACGGCGGCACGGAUUUCGUGACGUCUAGACGGCAACCUCAGGCCUCCGUCGUGGGAAAGGAUUCUUCGAGGGGUUCUCGUGGCGCACACCUCAGCAACUCCAAAAGAAACAAGCCGACGGAUACCAAUAGAUUGUCUUCUUCUCCCUCGGAUUCGUCGCAUGUCGUUCACUCGUCGGGUUCACCUUCACGGUUUACUCGUUCCCGCCCUCUGUCGAAGGAUUCCGUGCGGGAAGCGAGCCCCCUACCGUGUGACUUUUCAAGACCCUCCACUGAGAACCUCAGCCCCGAAUCGGUUGUCAGCCAACUUCUCUCGCUCAGGCGUGCGAAUGCGGCAAAUCGAUAUAGUAUAUCUGGCAGGUGCCGCGUUAGGAACGAUUUGAGGAUUUUUUUAUUUUACAAACUUCCCCAAUCCCUGCCGUCGGUGUUCAGCUCCAAGGCAAGCUCGUUUCUCACACGAGCGAUGGUGGUAAACUUACCACAGGAGGGCGGUGGGGCUGCCGUGGAUGCCCAUCCGACGAGCCAACCCGCUCAAGGCUACCGGCAACCAAACACCCUCAACUGGACGGUCGAGUUGGCGGAGGAGAUCUUGCUUUCCUACGCAGAAUUUGAAUUCCGAAUCUUGCCGGGCCACUUAGGCGAUCAAGCGGCAUUUUUCCUACUCACGGAGUACGGCAAAUUGCCGAAUCGUAAAAGUGGCUCGGGAGCUUCCGAGGAUUCGCCGCAGUUUAGCGCGCCUGAUAUUAUCCGCCGCGCUAAGCUAGCGAUGGCCGUACAUCAGAUUUUAGAGUUCGGUCGCACGCGUAUCCUUUUUAAACAUGUACUCAACGAAUCUGAACACCUAACACGCUAUUUAAGAGCGCUCAAAGCCGAUAAGGAGGCAGCAUCAUCGACUGCUGACAGCGUGAACUCUCAAGGGGAUGCAAGAAAAAACGCCACAUCAUCCGAUCCUCACACGAGCGAACACUCUUCCAUGGAGGAGUCUCACGAGAGUGAUAUUGGUGCGAUUGAUGAAAUGGCGGAUCGAGAGCGGUUGUUUUGCAUUAGCUGCGCGGGCUAUUACUGGCUAGAGAUGCUUUACGUUCGAGAGCUCCUUCCACGAUUAUAUAAUAGCCUGAGAAGGUUAUGUGAGUUUGGUAUGUAUCCGGAGGAAAGUGAAGCGCAUAGGAUGAAUGGGGGGAAAGCGAAACAAGACGCCGAACACGAUGCGGAGGGAGUAAAAAAAAACGCACAUUUGAUGCUCUCGAGUCUAGAGGAUUGCCCAUUUUCCAGGCACGAACGCGAAGCUUUUUCUUACCUGACAUCUGUCUUUAACAAAGUUUUGGGGGGGCGUCUUGUGGAGCCAAUUUCGAGAUCGGAGCGCGGAAAGGAAAGUGCAAAAGACGUGGUUUCCUCGGCCGAACCCCCUCUGCUAUCUUUCGUAGCGGAAAAUAAAUAUGCGGUCCGCUUCCGAGGUCCGUUUGAAUGCAUCCGUGAAGAAGGUUUCGUGAAGGAUAUGGUCAAUUGGCGUUCAAAAGAAACGGCAUGUGCGCUUGAAUUACCCCCUCAACCCCCAUUGCAACCGAUUCCGCUACGCUUGCUGCUUUGUGGUCUGCAUCGCUUUACUUUAGGCGUCGACGGCGUCGCCUCGCAUGCGUGGCGCAAGGUCGCACCGAAAACGAAAGCAAACGGCGAGGUAAGGAAUAUCGAAGAGACGGAGGGCCGCGGGAUUUCCUUUUCAACACCCCUCCUCCCGUUUCUCGAGCAAAACAAAUCGGAUCCCUGCGUGAAGGCGCAGGCUGAGAAAGAGGCCGCUGUCCGCGAAGAGUUGCCUUAUUGGUUUUUCAUCGAAAUGAACAGGUAUGACGUAAAAGUGGAAUUGCUCAUCCCCGUUAUGCAGUUUUUCUUUCACAGUUCAUCCUUUUCGUUGCUUAGCUCGAUGGAAGGGGGAUUUAUCCGGCAAGCAUCGGCUGCUACUGCUGAUCGCCAGUCACCGGUUGCGCGGGAAGACGGUUUAUCGUUUACCUCGCAGGAGUCCGUAGAUGAACUAGCACGGGAAACUUUCCUAAAGCGAGAAAACGCAGUGCGGGAUCUUAUUCGCUUGCUUGAUCUUAUCGUAAAAUUCAGCGUUGUGUGCACCACCUACCAGCUGGCAUCUAUCGCGAGUUUGUACGCGCGAGUUCUGUCGUGGUCUUUUCCCCAAUUUGAAGACAGCACCGCAUCCGUGUUGACGUCUGAAAAGGAUUUGUCGUUUUCCCGUUCAAAAAAUACGACACCAACUCAUCCGCGUGAUGCUCCUUCGUCGCUCUCCGCCUCGACUAGAUCUUCUCAGAUGGAAAUGCACACAGCGAUUUGUUACGGGGUGCAGAGAUUUGUGUUGGAAUGCAUGGAAGAGCUUCUCCUGGAGUUCUCUGAGGAAGGCAAAGAGUUGAAUAGUCCACCUCAGAAGCACUUUUUCAAUCGAGAAGCCUCUGAGCUACGUUAUGCAACUUCCCUUGCCCCUCUGCGGGUGAUGCAGCUUUUGAAGGGAAGGGCCAUGAGAUUCACAUCGAAGUUCAGCGCCUCGGAUGUAGCGUCGUUUUUGCAAGCCUUAUCGAAGAUCAACUCCGUCUUCCACGAUAAUCGGCCUUCUCCACGUCAAAUCCAGGAUGGGGGAAAGGGUUGGAAGCCGGAUUCUAAUAGUAAUGUGAUGAGGGAUCCUUCGUCUGGGAGUGCAAAUUCUCCAAACGAAGACUCCCCCCGACCUUUUGAAUCGUGGUUUUUGAGGAUGAGGCCGCCUCUCCGCACGGAGCUAGAGGCACUGCUAGACAUGCUAACCACCGAUUUCUUUUUAAUGGUGGAGAAGCAUCUAUAUUUUUCUUUACAAAAGCAAUCCACUCGCUUAGCUUUAGAUCAGCUAACUGAGACAACGCGAUCAUUGGGUGAAUUUAUUGAGAAUGUCACCCUCAUAGAGGAGGUUGGUCAAACAGGUUUCCGACCGCUUGAAGUGAAGGCCACCGCGGAUGGAAAGACGUUGAUCUCACGAAACGAUAACGAUUCCCAAGGCAAAGAUCUGAAUCCCAUUAAAUAUAAAAAGCAAUCUGGAGAUUCUCGAAAAGAUGAGGUAAAUAUCACUCAGAACCCUCAUGCUUUUGUUAAUUUACCUUUGGCUUAUACAAAAGUGUUAUGUAAGAGAAAAACUGGGGCCUUUUUUCCCAUCUACACACCAUCCGAAUUUCUCUCGGCGUUAGAGGCGUUGGAGGCUCUUUCGGUGGGACCAAACUUUUACGAAAAGCUCAAAUCGCUCUGCGGGCUCUAUCUCCGCAACGAACACAUCACCUUUUGCGGUCGAGGUACGCGAGAGUUGACGGCGAUUUCGCUAAAAUGGAUCACCUGCGCGUCGAAAAGCCUUUUUGCGCAUCACAGUCUCCGCCUUUUGGACCCCACGCGCACGUCGACCGCGGAGAAGCGGUCCGACGGCGUCGAUUGCGGAGCCUCCGACGAUGCGCAGCUCGUCGCGCCGUUGAUCCCCCCCUGGCGGAUUUGGAUGACGAAUCUGUUAUGCCUGGCCACGAUGUCAGGCUCCUUGAAGACGAUCACCGUAUCCGAUGUGGUGGCGCUCUGCCAACGGUUGCGGUCGGUUUCGCGUGAAUCCAACGACGCGGAUGGAGAUCACCGCGAAAGCGCAUCCGCGCGCGCAACGGAGGAUCGAUCGUUGCUUCAGCUCCCGGCGGAUACGGUUAUUUUGAGCCCGUGGUCCUCGGAAAACUUUUUUUCACAUAUCGCGAGCGCGGAGGGGUUUUGCUUUCAGACGCAGCGAAAGGGCCUCCCGGCGGAUUCCAAGGAAGAAGACCCUCUCAAAGGGGUUGUGGUGGAUUUUCCGUCACCCGCCCCCGAGGGGUUUCGAGGAUUCAGCGCGCAGAUUCGGCGAGAUGUGGUUCGGAAUCUUUUGGCGGAUGUGUUCCACUACAUGGCGCUCAUCGCCGCAUCCCCUACCACAUCUUCUUCUUUCAAUCCGAUUACUUUUUACAAACUGAAUGCACCAUACAUCCUCCGGGUGGCGUAUAUACUCUUGGGGGAAAUCUUCACGAAGGAAAUGUCUUUGGGAGCAUUUUCAGCGUCUUCCUCAAACACCUUUAAAGUGGAUUGUCAAUCCAAUGUGGCCAAACUGACAGAUGAAUGUCGGGAAACGUUAGAGAGCCUGUGGAUACCUCUUUACGUGAUUCUACGACGAGUAAUACGCCAGAUGCGUGCGUUAGGCCUCCUUGAAUUUCCCUUAUCCCUUCAAGCGGGCGCUACGCCGCCAGAGGAAGGAUCCGAACUCAACACGCACUGGAAGGUCUUUUCAGCUUCAAUCGGCGAUGUGACCGAAACCAAGGGAUACAAAAUGUGUGCUCAGGCUUGGGCACUUGAGAAACUUUCGUGCGCCUUUGAGGCAUAUUUCUUACGUCUUUUGAAGGCCCAUUCCAUGGAGCUCCUUUCGCGCUGCAGUCGUAAUGAGGGUGUCGUUGAAAACCCCUCCUUGCGCUCAUCCAAUCAACCGCAUGGGGACUCCUAUCGAAAUGAUAACGCGCCCAGACGGGCUGCGCUAACGCCCUAUGCAAUUAUCGAGCUUGCUAUUCUUCUGCAAGAUGAGAAGAAUGACGCGAUGUCGCCUUACAUUUCCACUAAGUGUCCGAAAAAGGGUCCGGGUUCUAUCCAGCCUUUAGCUAAUAUCGAGAUCCUACACGAGGUGCUGCAGGACAUGCUAUCCCGGAGUCUUGCGCGGAGAACGUUGCAUGAGCGGGUGCUUCUCCUUUCGGAUCUUUCCCAGGUUUUUGUCGAUGCCAACGGCUCCCUGCUACCAAAGUGGGUUUGGGAAAUGAUCAAGAAUGCUAUUCUGCAGCAGCUUCCGAAUGCCUUCACUUGGGAUGCGCGUUUGGGCAUGGAUUCCCUUCCAUUUUUCUACGCAUGGACUUUUUUGCCGUUUUCACAUCCCUUCAUCCACUUUGGCGGGGGUGCCGAAGCUGAAUUGCUUGAUAGCGGAAGUAUAUCUUCCAAGCGUGCGGAGAUACAGCAAGAUCCAAUUUGUCAUGACGCAGAGGGUGGGUCUUUGAAGCCUGAGGGUGAUCACGACGUGCUAGAGGCGCAUGUGAUCCGCGUAGCGCAUUCCACGGAAUCGGUGAGCGAGAGAGAGGUAAGGUUAAAUUCCAUCCUUGUCGCCGGUACCACUGAUGCUAAGUUACAUUUCGGGAGCUCUCACGCGAUGGAGCGGGAAGGAAAUGAGGGUUCCAUAACUUCCUUAGCCCCUGCCAGGAGGGAGGCAUUUUCUUUGUUCGUUUACCAGUCUAUUCUGGAAAGUCAAACGCUUUACAAGUUAUUGUGGAUCCUACGGCAGCUUUACGUGAUGUUUGCCGCGCAUUCUUCACGAUUGUCUCCUUCGUUCACCGGUGAUCCGCCCUCUGUCGAUGAAUGGUUUCCGCGGCUGCGCGAACUUGCACCGUUGCGGGCGAUACAACUGCUCCAUGCUGAUCCCGAGAGAAGGAUCCCUUUCAGUGUUUUAACCGAAUUCUUUGAAGCUAUUUUCCAAAUCGAAUUUAGGAUCGCGCAAUACCAAGGCGUUCCCAUUCCUACUCUGGAAGAUACGCGCCACGAUAAGGAUAGUUCGCCCAAUGGCGGCAAUCUUACUCCUACCGCCGAUUCAAUCUCCUCACUUGCGGCUAUUGUACAUCGGUUUUCAUCUUUAUCACCUCAACAAAUCCCUUUCGCGAAGCAAUGGGUUUCCCUCUCGAGCGUCACCGCGGUGCUAAGCUCCCUUUGGUGUCUUUCGUCAUCGUCAUCCCUUUCUUCCGGGAUUACCGCUGAUCUUUCGAAAAGGUUGUUGGGGCUGUUUUCCCCCGUCCUCCUUUAUGCGUCUGAGAUUCAGCUGAGGGUGCCCUGCUAUAAUGAGUUGGUGCGGUUGGUGGGGCUGCUGAUGCUGAUGGCGCCGGAAUGGAUUUUGCCUGUCGUCAGCGCGAGCUUCAUCGUGGGCUCUCAGGGCAAUUCUAACUAUCCGAAUCCCAUGAAAAAGUCUCCUGUGAAGGGAGGUAGAAGGGCAACCCGACCUUAUCCUUCUUCUUCCUCGUCUCUUUCCUUAUCUGGACGAAACGGAGGCACCUCUGUGGUGCAGACGGCGGCGGGUAUGUUGUACAUGUUGAUUAUCAUGGAUCGGAUGAAAACCAUGCCUCAUUUGCAACCUCAGGAUGCCUCGGCUAACCCUUUCAUGAGAAACAUUGCGAUUAUAUCGGAUGCUGCGCGGCGGGGUAGCUUUUCUGAUCCAUGCAAAAUGAAAGGGAGCGACCCUGAUCUUGAUGAUCCCACCAGCUCCCAGAAGGAAGAUGAUUUCACCCCAUACGAGGAAAACUUGGAGGGCAUGGAUGACGUCACUCAAGAUUUCGAAAAUGCCACACCUCUUGUGGAUGUGUCGUUUAUAUGGCGAAGUAUGAGCCAAACCAUGUAUCAUUUCCUGAAGCAGACGAUACGGUUGCUGCAAGAAUGCAAAUGGCAUUGGAGGGAUCAAUUUGGGAUCCCUAUCGAACUCCAUUCCACCCCAGUAAACGACAGCGAAACGGAAAAGGAACAGCGGGAGGCUUUGAUUUCGCUGCUCGCGCGGGUGAUGGAGUUAGAAUUGGUGGAGCGGAGCCCGAUAUUCUACAAUGUGGUGCAAUCGACGUUGCAUUACGCCAUUGAAAUUGAAAUGGGGUGGGCUGAUCUUGGGUUUGUUGUUGAUGCUUCGGAGCCGCUCGCGGCGGAGACCUCGAUGCGAUCGACCAACCCGUCUUCGCGCAGCCAAAAGGGGUUGACGGAAACCUCCACAGCCUCCACCCGUGGGAAAACUUCACAGCUCGCGACCCUUCCUUCUCCUAAAGUCGUGAUCGCCCUGGAUGAUGAAACUGGGGAGCCCUUUCAACUUUAUAUUCAACCGUUCCAGUAUUACUUCGUAAGGGAGGAUCUCACCCUGACCGGGCACCUCUCGCUGAAAAGAAAGGAGGCGAAGCACUUAAAAGGGAGCACCUUCAUGCAACCUCGUCAGGGUUCCCUCCCGUCUAACCCCUCUUUCGUCGAGGGGGUUCCCACCGCGAUCGUGUUGCGAUCGCAUCUUCAUUUGCCCCCGGUGUUGCGGCGUCUUUCUCUCGAGGUCUGGCGGCGUCUGCUCUGGCGAGGAAGCGAGAUUUUUCCCCGUUAUAAAUACGAUAGCCGCUUAAGAAUAGAAGCGCGCGAGGAGCGUCGACGAGCACGACGGGAGCAUCCUUCAAAGGCGGUCGAUACCUCCUCUCCCGCGAGCGGCCUCCACCCGGGCGAUCCUUUUACCUUUCGGGAGGUUCAACUCGCCAUCCGAGAGCAUCCGGGGGUCGCCGAUCUCGCGCGUUUGUCCUCCGUGGCCGUUGAGGAAUUGAGUGGAAAAAAGAAAAUCGCGGGGAUCGCGAACGAAAAUGGGGAGUUCACCCACCGGGAGGCGGGUGGGAUGGGUCCGUUGUCGUUUCUCGCGUUAACCACCGCGCUGCUCCACCGCUACACCGCCCACACCACCGCGAGGGAUCGCGUGUUGCUCGACGCCGCCGCCGCCGCGAUGCGGGCGUUUCGCGGCGAGGAAAACGGGGCGGAUUUCACGCGAGAAGGGGGUUCCCUUUCCGCCACGACGACAGCCUUAAAAAUCCCCUUGUUGGAGGGGUUUCUGGACGAUAUUUUUCCAUCCAUGAAGGGGGGUUGUGCGGCACCGCGGACGGCGUUGAGUGCGGUGUGGCUGCAGCCGUGGCUGAGACUCGCGCGGGAUCACCUCCGCGGGAUGGCGGCGGGCAACCUCGAGGGCAUCCUCCAUGAGGAGCGAAACGCCACCCUCUCGCAAACCCCAAAAGUCGAUUUCGACGGCAACCCGGAGGAUGAAGGGGGGGAUGUUGUGUGGAGUUCCACCCAGGAGUCCCUGGUGAAUCCUUUGAUUCGCCCGUCAUUCGUUUCUUCGCGCGUUUUGCGGUUUGAUCUCGGCGUGGUGGCGUCGUUUCUGCGGCUUUUGCAGAUUCUUCAACCUCACCUCGCCCAACGUCGCCUUCACGACGCCUUCCUUCGACUUCAAGAAAUGAAUUUAACCGGGGAUCCUCCCAUCGAGGGCGACGAAAAGGCUCUUUUGGAUACCCUCCCUCGCCUCCAGUUGGAAACCACCCCACCGUGUGGGUUUGUUGAGUUGAUUUUGUGGAUUCUUCGUGAACUCCGCGCCGCGUACGUGCGUGAGGCCGCGAUGGAAAUCGCACGAAAAGACGGCAUGCGAAUCGAAGCGACGAAUUUCAGCGCGGUUUUGGAUUUCCUCCGCCGUGGGGAUCUCAUCGGAGCUCGCGAGGUGGGUGGUUUUGCGAAGAACACGCGAUCCACGCGAGGAUGGAACGUUGACGACGAGGACGGGUACGAUGGGAUCGCCGCGCGGGUUCGCGAUCGCCUGCGGUGGAUUGACGAAAGGCGGCUGGAGGGUGCUGUCCUCGAGCUUCUUUUCGCCCUCCCGGACGGCGAGGAAGGGGGGGUUGUGAAGUUCACCAAGGCGCAUCGGGUUAUCCUCCGCCGACGACUUUCCCACCUCCAGCCGCGCGAUUUGGCGAGAAUGUUUUCGCUGUUGAUGCAACCCGUUCAGGGGUCCGCAGGGGCGGUGGAGUCGACGCGAGGGCUUCCCGAUGAGUCCGUUUCACCCACAACCCUCGCUUUCGGUGCCCUUCACGCGGAAAAAGAAAAUCCAGAUGCGGAAGAAAAAGCGCUCGAUCGCGUUUUGCUUUUAUGUGAGGUUUUGAUGGAUCUGCUGCCGAGCAUUCCCGGCAAGGAUGUCGUGUGCAUCAUGGAGACGGUGCUGCCGGUGUGGCGUGGCUUGGAAGGGGGGGCGUUAAGGGUUGGGGAGACGAAAUCCAUCGUUCGCCACGAACUCCGCCGCUUUCUUUCCACGAUUCCAACCCUCGCCUCGAGCUGCCUUCAACACUUCACCCUAUUCGAGUUGGUUCGGAUCUUUUCCGAACUCCACGCACCACAACAUCAUGACGGAGAGGAAAUCCCAAAGGAUUGCUUCGCCGAUUCGCUCGUUUCCACGGCCGCCGCGCGGACUCUGCGGCUCGCUUUAACACCGGAGUUUUAUGUGGAGGAGCAGGAGAUCGUUCGCGCGCGCAUUCAGCGCCUGGCGGCGAUGAAUAGCGGGAAGUUGUUGUAUAAGGAAUGGCUUCGGAUUUUAUCGGAGUCGAUUCAGGGCUCAAAAGAGGUGAAACAUUUAGAAUCAGUAACGGGUUCACCUCUGGGAACCAAAGAGACAAUGGGUUUGAUAAAGUUGACGAAUAUGUUCACCUUUAUCGAGGUAACUGGGAGCUAG